CCUGUAGUCAUCUACCAUUUUCAUUACAGCUUUCUAUUGAACUGCUCUACUAUGGGGCUUGGCCUUUGGGACCUGUCACUAAUACAUUGCGAAUGGGAGGAUAACCUGAAGACUUGGAUGUAGUGCGCAGGCCCAGGAGAUGGCGCUGAGUAACAGUUAACAAAUGGUGCUUGGCGGUUUGAGUGUUGCUUUGCUAAGGCUCGUGACCUGGAAAAAUGAAGCUUCUUUUGAUUUUCCUGUUAUGGGGUUUGUUUGUAACAGAGGUGGUGGGUGAAUACGGAAUGGUUCAUGUCACAUCGGAAAAGAGCGGCUCCAGUUCCAAAGAUUACUGCAUUUUGUUUAAUUCCCAGUGGGCUCACCUUCCCCAAGACUUGGCCAAAGCUGGCCUCUUGCAACUCCAGAAUGAGACUGAAUCUGCAUUAUGUUCCCCUUCAGAUGUGCCAGAAGGGGGAUUCUUUAACCGCAUCCCAAUGGUCAUGCGAGGGAACUGCACAUUUUACGAGAAAGUGCGAUUGGCACAGGUUAAUGGAGCUAAGGGUCUGCUAAUUGUCAGCAGAGAAAGACUGGUACCACCAGGGGGUAAUCAGAGUCAGUUUGAAGAAAUAGAUAUUCCUGUGGCUCUCCUUAGCUACAGUGACAUGCUGGAUAUUGGCAAAACAUUUGGAAAGUCUGUGAAAGUGGCUAUGUAUGCACCAAAUGAACCUGUGCUGGACUACAACAUGGUCAUUAUCUUUUUGAUGGCUGUUGGAACUGUUGCAGUUGGUGGUUAUUGGGCAGGAAGCCGUGAUGUUAAAAAAAGGUACAUGAAGCACAAGAGAGAUGAUGGAUCAGAUAAAAAGCAAGAUGAUGAGACUGUGGAUGUUACCCCUAUAAUGAUCUGUGUAUUUGUGGUUAUGUGUUGCUCAAUGCUGAUUUUGCUGUAUUACUUUUACGAUCACUUAGUGUAUGUGAUCAUUGGAAUAUUUUGCCUUGCUGCAUCGAUUGGUCUAUAUAGUUGUCUGUCUCCAUUUGUCCGCAGAUUUCCUUUUGGAAAAUGCAGGGUGCCAGAUAAUAACCUGCCUUACUUUCACAAGCGACCGCCUUUUUGGAAGCUACUGCUGGCUGCUUUCUGUAUUGUGGUCAGUGUUAUCUGGGGAGUAUACAGAAAUGAAGAUCAGUGGGCCUGGGUUCUUCAAGAUAUACUUGGAAUAGCAUUUUGCCUCUACAUGCUGAAGACAAUCAGAAUGCCCACAUUUAAGGGCUGCACUUUGCUUUUAUUUGUGCUCUUUAUUUAUGAUGUGUUCUUUGUCUUCAUCACUCCGUACCUCACCAAGCGUGGGGAGAGCAUCAUGGUGGAAGUUGCCUCUGGGCCAUCAAAUUCUACUACCCAGGAAAAGCUUCCAAUGGUCCUUAAAGUGCCAAGGUUAAAUUCCUCGCCCCUAGCUCUCUGUGACAGACCAUUCUCUCUCUUGGGCUUUGGGGAUAUCUUGGUACCAGGACUGCUUGUUGCCUACUGUCACAGGUUUGAUAUCCAGGUACAAUCAUCAAGGAUUUACUUUGUUGCCUGCACUAUAGCCUAUGGAAUAGGCCUUCUGGUGACUUUUGUAGCACUGGCAUUAAUGCAAAAGGGACAGCCUGCUCUGCUCUAUCUCGUCCCCUGUACCCUUCUUACCAGCCUUGCAGUAGCACUCUGGCGCAAGGAAUUACACAUGUUCUGGACCGGAAGCGGAUUUGUGGUGAAUAACAGUUUGAUUUAACAGUCUUCAAGACGUAAAAAUGCUAUAAACACUAACUCAGAUAAACAGAAAGACCUUCCUCAGCCCCCUUUAGUAGUGGAACCAAGUGGCUCUGAUGCAUGCUUAGGAAAGAAGACAGAGGAUCAAGAGCAUGAGGAAGACCCAAACAGAUGCCCUGCCGAGCCACAUCAUUUUUCAGAUCUAGAGACAUCUAAACUUGAUGAGCAACAGGAUAGAGCAUUGUCUCAGGCUGACCAGGUUGUUUACCCAGACACAAAUCAUCAGAGAUCAUCCGAUAUGGACAUUACGGGAACAGUUCCUGAAUUGCCAGAGCCCUCAUCAGAUGGUGAAAUAAACAUUUCAGAUACCUCUGUAUCCACAGAGUUACAGUCUACCUCUGCAGUACAUGGAGAAACACCAACCAUGCAAAAGAGCCAUCAAUAAAGGACAAAUAAAUAUGUUAAGCACCCUUAGUGCCAAGGCACCUGCUAUAUACAGGUUAUUGUUUUAUUGCACGUAAACAAAAAGUUAGGAUGAUAACUCCUAAGAUCUUCAUAUAAGUUGAAAGAAAUUGCAGAUGGGCUUAUGUUGUCAAAACUGUGAGAUGGUUAAGAAACAAAUUAGCUAUUAUAUUUAGAAAAUAUGGUGCUUUUUAAGGAAGAUAUUAAAGAAUACAACAAACCUCUAAUUGGACUUUGACACUGUAAUUUAGUUACAGGUAAUUUUUAAUAUGUUCCUUUUUUUUUUUUUACCUCUUCUAUACUUAUAUCACACAAUAGUACAAUUUUUUUAGACAUACACAUACUAGCAAUAUUUACUUUUUCCUUGAUUGUGUGUAGCAAGGGAGGUCAAUGAUAUUUGUGUAUGGAGAUCACGUAGGAGGAAGCAUGAGGCUGCACUGGAAUGGGUAGUUAGGACCCUGGGGUAGAAAUUGUGAGGGCAUAGGAAAGGUAGGGGAUUAUACAGCAAGUGCUUCCCUCCCAGGGGAGGUUCUGGGAAAAGGAGCUGGAGAGUAUGGAGAUUGUGGGAGGGGACUUUGUAGAUUAGCUGUUGGAGCUUGGAGAAAAGUGGUAGACAGACACUCAGAUUGCUGAGGGAGUGGUCCUCUGGGAGUAGCUGUAAUAGUAUGGAGUCUAAUAAGGUGGGUGGUACUAAUAUCACUGUGGCAGGAGAGAAAACAUGGAGAUGAAUAAGGAGCUGUGAGGGCAAGAAGCUAAAUGAUUGGCACUGUUUGAGAUUAGAGAUGGAGUUGAGACUGUUUUCAGAAAGGUAUGAUUGUAUUGCAACACAGAAUCACAUUGUCAUGGACAAUAUCCAGCUAUUUUUUAUGACUUAUAUAGGUAAACAGAUAACCAGAGCUGUUGCUUAAAAUGGGCUUGUUGGGAGAUGACCUUCCCAUAUUUUGGAGCUUUCUGGAUAAGGGAUCCCAUACUUGUAUACAUUUAUAGAACUGAGGUGCCAUAUUGCCUUUACCAACUUCGUAUGCAUGCACGAAUACAUGCGUGUUUAUAUAUACAUCUCAUAAAAAAUUUUUGUGGAGUAAAAGUUUAUCCCAGAAAAUCAAGUUGUUAUUGUGCGAUACUUUAAUAAUACUCCAAAUUAAUAAAAGCAGUGCUUGGUCUAGUUUUAUAUUGGUCCACCUAUAUUAAUAGUCCCUGCUGAGUAACAAGGGGCAUUGUGACAUUAAGGAUAAAUGAACUGAUCACAAAGAAAACUGGCAACAAUAACUUGCUGCCAUGUGGCAGUAAAUGGUGACGGGACUGCAGUUCUCAGGCGACUGUGACAACUCAUUUUGACAACUGCCAAAGUGAAUUGUACUGUAUAUGACAGAGGUUGAGUGUUUUUAAAUAUUAACCAUUCAAUAUACAUAUAUUUGGAUGCUUUCAUAAGUCAUGUUCAUUUCAAAAAGUGUAAACUAUGUAAAUAUAAGCAGGUUAUGAAGGAGCACUAAUAUUGUAGUGCCAAAAUAAAAGAAACAGACAUGAAGGCACAUAUACAAUAUGCAGUGAGCAAAGUGUGUUCAGUGGCCAUGCAAAAUGCAGCUUUUUUUAUACCCAAAAAUUCAGCAUGAUAUUGGUCACAAAGUAGUGUUGCUCUUGACACAUUUGAUCCGAUUCAACAAAAUGAACAUGCGCUUUGUGGCAAAUCAGGCACAGUGCCUAAUAUUUUAGUUCUGGUGUUCAACGUGUAAUUGAUGUUUCUGCCCUAAUCUUUCAGUGGUGCCAAGCACAACUAUACAGAAGUGCAAGUAGCACAUUUUGACACAAGUAUUUUUAAUUAAAGUGGUUUAUGUGCAACCGACUGUGGCUAUAGUGCAGGGACCACAACUACAAUUGCGGACAUACAUGAGCCCUGUGGUUUCCAUAUUUACUGUGACAUUUUCGGUGAUGACCUUAUCGGUUCACACCCUAGUUCUUAAUUUUAAACUAUGUGUGCCCUAGCUCUUUAUGGUAAGUCUCAAUGAUUUCCAUUUAAUAGAGUUACAUUUUUUACUAAAAUAGAAAACAUUGGUAUGAGCAUGCAGCUCCUCUUCAUUUCUUCUUGGCCAACUGACACAUCAUAUAAUAGUUAAUCCACUGGGCCCCUGUUUGGCCAUACAUUCCUAGUUGUUUAAUCACUAUGAUCAAAAUUGGCCCAGCUGAAUCUGGGCAUGUAUGGCCAGGUUUUAUCUGAGUAAACUGCAUUAAUUUAUUUGUUGAUCCAGUUCUUUGGAUGGUAUGUUAAUUUCAUACGUUUAUUGCAUUUUCGGUUAUGGGCCAAAAAUGUUCCAGCGGUACAAAUAGCGUUUAUUGUAAUGUAUUGUAUGACAUACACUGGAAACAAGUAAUUCUAGAGUGUUCCUUGGUCUUCAGAUUGUGUCCUAAAACACUAUUGUGGCAUGAUUUAAGUGUUUUCCCUAAGAGGGUAGUAAAAUAUUUUAAUCAUUAGCUGGGUUCACAUGUUAUGGUUUGUAUUUUCUUCAAGUGGAACAACUCUACAGUAAAUAUAAUAAGAGACACUUAAGAACAAAACACACAUUGCAUGGAAAUUGCAAGGAAAUUAACAGGCCACUAUGCUUUUAAAUUUUCUAAAAUAUGUUCUGUCAUUUUAUUAUUGUAUUUCUCAUGGCAGCUUAUGAAAAAUCUUAACAAUU